AUGACAGAGUUUUUCCAAGACAAACAAUACAUACCUGGGGGCAUCGAGAAGACUCUCCCAGAGAAUUUCGUGGAGUAUUGUAUAUUUCUUGUGGAUUCUGAGACCCAAUUUGAUUCAAGGAGACAACUGUCGCGGCUCGAAGAGCUGCGCAAGACGGUCCUGCAACUUACGGCCCAGUUGACUAAGGAUUAUAUAUGGCAAAGAAGUUCCCUCGAACUUGAGGUAAUAACCGAUCAAGGCCUUGCUUACCUGCGGGGAAUUUCUGAUUAUGGGGAUGCAAUUGAGGACGAGUGGUUGAUAGUAUUCAUCCUCAGGGAAUUUUCCAAAUCUCAUCCGGCGGCUUGGAUACGUAUUGCUGAUAGCGACGGGGAGUUCCUCUUGGUUGAGGCAGCCAAUGUGCUACCAAAAUGGUUGAGCCCAGAAAUUGACCAAUACCGGGUAUGGAUUAACAACGGCCGCCUUCGCGUCAUUCCCGUUAAUCAUAGUUCACUUGCCCCCAACUUGAGGCUCCUUACAUUGACAGAUGCCGUAAGCGCCAUUAGAAAGGGCGCCGACUCCCUCAUUCAUUCCGAGUUCAUCGAGGCUGAGGCUUUCUAUCGACUGGAAAAAUACCCUGGCCAGAUACAAAAGUCUUUGCACCAUUCUCUGGUAACAAUCCCACGAAGACUGGCCCAUGUUCUCCAUCAAUCUCCAAAGGCAGUUGCUCCAGCUGUGGAGUGUUUUUAUCUGCGCGACAGGGCGGAUGUAAAACCGCUCUUUAGCAAGCCUGGCGCCCUCCGGUUUCCCCCAAGGGAUCUUGUCACUCUUAGUGUAAGGUUCACUAGAGUUUUAUUUGCUCAACUCCGAUCACAACAAUUUGAACCGCCGGCCCCGUGGGUGGAUCUUGUCCAGCAUGCAAAGGAUAAGGAGAAAAUCCGCUUGGAGAUGGGAAUGAAGCUCGCCUGUGGGUUCGAAAUGAUGCUGAAUGCCAUCGACAAGACCGAUAGUCGCCAAGCUCGAGAGGCAGCCAUUAUUGUCGAAGAUUUACAUGAAGACGGGGACUCGGUGCUGCCAAGUGAUAUUGAGAUCAACGCCUGGAAGGAUGCGCGACGGGAUGACGACGAGUCAUGGAUGGACAUCCGCUACGAAGACUUCGAGCAGGAACUACUUGGAAAUCGUACAGGCAGGCAUGAAGAGUCCAGUACCGGCUUCGGAGACGCUACAACGCAAGCGGACCUGCGAAAAAUUGUUUCUCGGUUCGAAGCAUUCUUGAACGAUGAAAAAGCGGGCCUUGAUGGGGCUGAGGUAGACGAAAUGGACGUCGACAACGACGAUGACAGUGACAAUGGUAGUAUCGAAGAAGACGAUGACGAAGAUAAAGAGGUCAGCUUUGAUGAGGUGGAAUUUUCUCGCAUGAUGAGAGAAAUGAUGGGACUUGCCCCGGCCGGGCUUGGAUCGACCCGAGAUACUGUCAAGACGCCGCCCAUCUUGGGUCAGGCUGGGAGUUUAAGAAGAGCAGAUGAUGUGGAAGAUGAGCCAUGUCUUAGCGAAGUCCAAAACCUGGCCGCGCAGUUGGAAUCCGAGCUUAAAGAACAUGGUGCCCUGAGGCUCGAUGCGCCAGGGAGCAAGACCGCCCCCGGUACGGGCAACACCAGGACUGCAGAAGGCAGCAGUCCCGGCAACCCAACAAACCAUGAUGACGACGACUACGACGAAAACGAUGAAGGGGAUUGGGAGGACAAAGAUGUCGAUAUUGAUUAUAAUUUGGCCAAGAACUUACUAGAGAGUUUCAAAGGUCAGGCAGGCUUGCCAGGCCCAGCAGGCAAUAUUUUGGGCAUGAUGGGGCUACAACUUCCGCGUGAUGAGGACAAUGGCCACACCGCGAGAGGUGAGAGCAUAUGA